UACUUGUGAGGAGACUGAUGUUACGAACGUAAUUCUUGACAAUGUGAUUCUCGACAUAUUAGGCGAAGAUCCUACCGGGUUUAAUACUUACGGGGACUGAAAUUAAUAAAGACUUUGGUUUAAGUUCACCACGAACAGGCUGACUAAUUCUACAAGGAACUCUGCAAGGAAUUCAAUGAGAAGUACGUGCUGCCGCUUAACGCAAUAGAUGACGACACCGCAAAGUAAAAACUAGACGUAAGAAAUAUAUUUUAAUUUGAAGAAGGCCGAAAGAUAUUAUUGCAAAAUGACCGAUUCAAAGUAUUUCACGACUACAAAGAAAGGGGAAAUAUUUGAGCUGAAGUCAGAGCUCAACAGUGAUAAAAAGGAAAAGAAAAAGGAGGCUGUCAAAAAGGUGAUAGCCUCAAUGACUGUAGGCAAAGAUGUGUCUGCACUCUUCCCAGAUGUUGUCAACUGCAUGCAAACUGAUAAUUUGGAACUCAAAAAAUUGGUUUAUCUGUACCUCAUGAAUUAUGCAAAAUCUCAGCCCGAUAUGGCCAUUAUGGCUGUCAAUACUUUUGUCAAGGAUUGCGAAGAUUCGAACCCGUUGAUUCGGGCGCUGGCAGUUAGAACGAUGGGUUGCAUCCGAGUGGACAAGAUAACAGAGUAUCUGUGUGAACCGCUUCGCAAGUGCUUGAAGGAUGAGGACCCGUAUGUGAGGAAGACAGCUGCAGUGUGCGUCGCAAAGCUGUACGAUAUAUCGCCCAGUAUGGUGGAAGAUCAGGGAUUCUUAGAUCAAUUGAAAGAUCUUUUGAGCGACUCUAACCCCAUGGUGGUAGCUAACGCAGUUGCGGCUCUGUCAGAAAUCAAUGAAGCCAGCGUGUCAGGACGCCCACUUGUUGAAAUGAACGCCCCAACAAUCAACAAGCUCCUUACGGCGUUGAACGAAUGCACGGAGUGGGGGCAAGUGUUCAUAUUGGACGCCUUAUCAAACUAUUCACCGCGUGAUUCCCGUGAAGCUCAUUCUAUAUGCGAGAGAAUAACACCGAGGCUGGCGCAUGCCAACGCCGCAGUUGUACUGUCUGCUGUGAAGGUGCUCAUGAAAUUAAUGGAAAUGCUAUCCGAUGAAACAGAACUAGUAAGCACGCUGUCCCGUAAACUAGCCCCACCCCUAGUGACACUGUUGAGUGCUGAACCAGAAGUUCAAUAUGUGGCCUUGAGAAACAUCAACCUCGUGGUACAGAAGAGACCUGAUAUUCUUAAACAUGAAAUGAAGGUCUUCUUUGUGAAGUACAAUGACCCAAUCUACGUGAAGCUAGAAAAGUUGGAUAUUAUGAUCCGAUUAGCGUCGCAGGCUAACAUUGCGCAAGUGUUGGGCGAGCUGAAGGAAUACGCUACCGAGGUCGACGUGGACUUUGUCAGGAAAGCCGUCCGGGCUAUUGGCAGAUGUGCCAUCAAGGUUGAACCGUCUGCCGAGCGUUGCGUAUCGACUCUACUGGAAUUAAUUCAAACAAAGGUGAACUACGUGGUGCAAGAAGCUAUUGUUGUGAUCAAGGACAUCUUCCGGAAAUAUCCCAAUAAGUACGAGAGUAUCAUCAGCACACUCUGCGAAAAUCUGGAUACUUUGGAUGAACCUGAAGCAAGAGCGUCCAUGGUAUGGAUUGUAGGCGAAUACGCAGAACGAAUUGAUAACGCGGACGAAUUGCUGGACUCUUUUCUGGAAGGCUUCCACGAUGAGAAUGCGCAGGUACAACUACAGUUGUUAACUGCAGUAGUGAAACUGUUCCUGAAGCGACCCGCAGACACCCAGGGGCUGGUACAGCACGUCUUGAGUCUCGCCACUCAGGAUUCCGAUAACCCAGACUUACGCGAUCGUGGCUUCAUCUACUGGCGUUUACUGUCCACGGACCCGGCUGCCGCCAAGGAAGUAGUGCUGGCUGACAAACCCCUGAUCUCCGAAGAGACUGAUCUCCUGGAGCCAACCCUGCUGGAUGAGCUCAUCUGUCACAUCAGCUCACUGGCUUCAGUGUACCACAAACCACCCACUGCUUUUGUUGAAGGUCGCGGCGCCGGGGUCCGUAAGUCGUUGCCAGCUCGCAGUGCCGGGUCAGAGGAACCGCAAACACAGCAGCCUACUGUGAUACCCAACCAGGACUCUCUCAUCGGUGACCUUCUAUCUAUGGACAUUGGAGGACCGCCAGCUCCAGCCGCGCCCGCUUCCAGUCUCGAUCUCUUAGCCGGAGGACUUGAUGUUCUGCUGGGCGGUGGGCCCGAGCCCGCUGUGGGCGGCGUGGCGGGUGCAACUGGCAGUGCGACUGGUCUUCUGGGAGAUAUAUUCGGCGCCGCGCCACCGCCUUCCUACGUACCACCCAAGCAGUGCUGGCUGCCAGCUGACAAGGGAAAAGGUUUGGAGAUCUGGGGAACAUUCACGCGACAGAACGGUCAACUACGUAUCGACAUGACGUUCUCUAAUAAAGCGAUGCAGGCUAUGAGCGGCUUUGCGAUACAACUGAACAAGAACAGUUUCGGAGUAUACCCAGCGGGGGCAUUAUCAGUGGGAGCUUUAGCGGCAGGAGCUCGAACCGACGCAUCUCUACCCCUAGCAGUGGGGGGACCCGUUCAACGCAUGGACCCGCUUAACAACCUUCAGGUGGCCGUAAAAAACAACAUAGACGUUUUCUAUUUCGCUUGCCUCAUCCCCGCGCACGUUUUAUUCACUGACGACGGCCAACUCGAUAAGCGAGUCUUUCUUACCACGUGGAAGGAAAUCCCAGCAGCCAAUGAGGUCCAACAUACCAUUCAAAACGUCAUUGGGACCGCGGACUCGAUCGCACAGAAGAUGACCUUGAACAAUAUCUACACUAUCGCAAAACGCAACGUUGAAGGCCAAGACAUGUUAUACCAAUCGCUGAAGCUUACGAACAAUAUAUGGGUGCUUUUGGAAUUGAAGCUACAACCUGGUAACCCUGAAGCGACCUUGAGUUUGAAGUCACGCACCGUAGAGGUGGCAAGCUGUAUAUUCCAAGCGUACGAGGCGAUUAUCAAGUCGUAAUCUCCAAUCGUUUCUCUACAUCGAAUACACAUCUUAUAGAAAGAAGUACUGUACACUUUUAUAACAUGCUAAAUAUGAGAAUGUUAUUGAAUUUCCAAUCUAAACGCUAUGCAACAAGGCUAAUAUUUCUUGGGCUUGGCUUUUCGUUUUUAAUUCGCGUUAGAUUUUUCGUUUCUGCUCUAACAAUAUCGUUGAUGUACUAAGUACUUAUUAUUUAUUUACAUCAAUAUAUUAUUACAUAUCCAAUUCUUGACGCCGCCAAGUAUAGUAACCGUUCCUGAUACUCUUAAUACCACAAAGAAUAUAACAUAUUACAGUUUCUCUAGGCUGUGGUUCGAUGUUUUAUAUGUAUAUGUUGUUCUAAGAUCAUGUUAUAGAAGUAUAAGUUAGUAUGAAAGACUAUAUGAUUGUAAAUUCCGCUAGUUGUAUGAAAGUUAGAGAUUUUGAUGUGUAUCGCGUAGCACCGCGGUUUUAUUUCGUCACCCCUUAAAUUAAUUUACAUUCUCUAUUAUUAUGAAGUUAAAAUAUAUUUUAAAUAAAUUUAUGUUAAUCUAAAUUGUGUUUUACUACAAUUGUUUAUCAAAGAAACUUUAAAAUCAGUGCUAAACCUCCAAUCGAUUGUGUAUAAUAAUUUUAAAAAUUAAAGAUUGUUUUGCUGGAGUUGCGGGCUAUAAAUGCUAGUCCAAAAUAAAUAUAAAUGCAAGUGUUCUUUCAAUAGACCAGGUUCGAUAAUUUUUGAAAGCAAAAAAAAAUAAUAGGAUGAAACCCAUUUAAAAAGGACGAAAAUAUAACAAAAAUUAUAGGAAAAAUAAUUUACGGGCGAUCUGAGGUCGGGAAGUUGUCGAGGGUGAGCUUUUAAGUGUAAGAAACGAUGUCUUUAAAACACAAAAAGGUAAGUUUUCACAAAAUUUCGUGGAAAAAAUUUUUUUUUGCAUAGGAUAAAAAUAAAAAACCAUUAACUUGAUUAUUUGAAUUUUUCACAUAAAUUUUGCGGUUGUGAAAAAGUGUAGUUACAAAAGUUGUAGGUCUCUUUAUUACCUACAACUUUGUCAUUUAAUUUUUUUCCAUUGGACUUGUAGUUUUGCCGGAAAUUGAGAUACACCGUUUCUUACCCUUAAUAUUUACUGGCGAUCUGAGGUUUUUCGUUUCAUAUUUGUUAUAUUCUCGUCCUUUUUUAACGGGUUUUAUCCUACUAUAAUUUUUUUUCACUUUUUAUCGACCCUUGGUCUACAAGUUCGGUUUCGAUUUAAAUAUGUAGUAGACUCCUUAGUAACUUAGGGUCUGUACUGCAUAUGGGACCUAGUAGUACGAGAAGGAAACUUUAGUUCUAUAAAUAAAACUACAUCAUAAUUAUCUUGCAAA